AUGUCAGAUCAUCUUGAUCAGGGCUCUAGCCCGAACGGACCGACCGGCCGAGCCUCUCCUCUCUUCGUUGGAGAGAUCCUUCGUCUCAUUGCCGAAGAGCUUGGACAGCGAGUCAAGGAAGACAUGCGAUACAAGAAUGCAGGUAACCUGGCUAGUCUUGCCGCCACUUGCAAGUUCAUUGCUAGUCAUCUUGAACCCAUCCUUUACGCACAAGAUCUCAAGGAAAAGAGAUUCAAGGGCCUCAAGCACGCCGUACACUCCUGUAACGACAGACUCGCAGUCGCAAUCCUGACAAAAUAUCCUCAGAAGCUUCUCAAGAACAACGUCAACGCCAACCUCGGCAUCACGUCUCGUCCUCCGCGCCGCGAUGACACCAGCUUCACUAUGCUUCAUGUAGCAGCAGCUCGGCAGCUCUAUGACACCAUCAAAAAGCUGUAUAAGCUCGGUGCCAAGUGGUUUUAUGUUAAGAAUUUUCGAUCGGCCCUGUCCCUGUCCGAGUCGUUGGAGGAAGGAUUUGGACAAGCACUGCACAAAUCAUUCCCUGGCCUAGAGAAUAUCAUCUACGGCAUGUGGUGGGCUCCGAGUUUUGCCCCUAUGAUUCACCGGGACGAGAACACAUGUGCCAUUUUGGCUAAAUACUGGCCUGAACACCAUUUCUUCGUCGGCAAGUUCAACCAUCCCACAAGCAUCGAUGGCGACGAUCGCAUGACGCUUUUGCACCUUGCUGUCUACCGUCACCCUUCCACGACUUCCUUGAAGCUCGUCCAAGAAGUGACCGAGGAGUACCCUGAGCUGAAUUCUAUCCCGGUCGGAGAUUAUCGAGGCUCCGUCCAUCAUCUUGCUGUCGUGGCCCAGAACGGCAAGGCUCUCGAGUAUCUUCUGCGUCAUGUUAUGGAUAACCAGGACUACUACGUCGACAAUAGAGGUUAUAAUCCAUUCCAUCUUGCAGUCGAGCUUUGUCUUCAAGGAGAUGGUGUCCCGGGCCCUAAUGGGCAAGCUGGCAGUACAAGACUACUCAACGUUCUUCUGUCUCUUAAGCACCGUAUCAAUCCGGCAAUGCCACAAACAAUGGCACCGUACAAGACGCCUCUACUGAUAGUUGCCAAAAUGAUCCAUGUCGACUGGAGCGGUCGAUCAGCACUGAUCAAGAAGCUGCUUGAUCAACUCAUCAAUCUUGAGACAGAGUAUGUUGAAGCUUGGGGCUUAGGAUCGAUCUCGUUGGCGAUAAACCGCCCCGAUUCUGACGGCAAGACCGUUUUAGGUUAUAUCACCAGCGCAAUUCUCGAAUCUCCCUCCUCUAAGGGCAACAAAGCUCUGGAGAAUCUGUUCAAGAAGAUGGUGGGAGAGUACCACGCUAACAUCAACCUGGAUGUCAACCAAUUCCCGUCUCCUCAAAACAGGGCCUACGUCCCUUCUAUCAAAUGGAGGGCCGACCGAGCUCAGGGCUUCACUCGCUUCAAAAAGGUCAUUGAGGAGCUUGGAGGACGCUUACAUCAGGCCGAGCUUGAUAACACAACGACUCAAACACCUGCAUCCCCUUUCCCUGACCGUCGCCACCUGCGACAGCUUCCUGCAAAUCACCCUUAUGCGAUGCCAGGGCCUCUCAACGAUGCCUUUGUUCCACUCAGUCCUACUGAGCAGGCUGCGCAAUUGGCUGCGCAAGCUAGACGACAUCACGCCGAGGCUCAAGCUAGGGCGUUUAAUGCGAACCGUGGCUCUGGCAGCAUCAACGCACAAACGGUUGCUAACUUUGUGGCCAGCCUCAACGGGGCUUCUCACACGGGGUAG